AUGCCUGGGAAGAUCAUCGAUGUGGACUGGAACAAACAUCACAUAGGGGCAUCCGAAUGGGAAAGCCGGCAUCAGCGUCGCUAUCUGCAGCGCUUGGAGCACUAUCACAGGAUGAUUGCGGCGGGAGAGUAUACACGUCCUGUCCAGGUGCCCUCGGCGCCGCAGUCAGCGUAUGCCUCCGCUCGAGUUCCGACGGCCUCCAGAAGUUCCCGAGACUGCCCUGUGCCAGGAUCUGCAGGUCAUCCAAGAACCCCUUCCACCUCAUUGACGACACUUUGGCGCCGCUGCCUCUCCUCUCCUGAUGGCUUGCGCCCACCCUCCUCAGCCUUGUCAGCAAUGACGCCCUCGACGCGCGAGCGAGUGCUGGAGCGGCUGCGCUCCAAUGAGGCUUGGUUCACCGCCUGCGAGCGAAUGGGCAAGGAAGAGUUGCUGGACUUGGUGGAGCAUGUGCACGGGAAGAUAGUGGACGAGCGACGGCGGCGAAAGGAGGCAGAGGUCGAGCUCCUGGCGGCGCAGAGCCCAGGAGCGUCGGCGAGGGAUGCCAACCCGAAGAGGUAG